CGUUAAAUAGGGUGUUAAUUGCUGUCUAAAUGAUACGACUUCCUUAUAAUGGACCAACGACAAAAGAAAAAUCUAUCAAAGCAAUAUCUCUACGCAAGUUGUUUUUCACGCUACUUUUAUUUUGUUCAAUCACAAUCAUAUACAUGUACAUUCGACCCGCAUAUAGCGCUGUUUACAAACCGCCAACACCUACAGAAAAUAAAAAAUCACACGAGAAAGAGGAGAAUUCUGAUAUUUUUCAAGCUUUUCACGAUUGCUUCCUUCCGAAACUUGAAACAAUCACGGAAAGCUAUCGCAAAUUUUGGUAUGAAUUUGCAAACGUAACAAAGGAUUGUGACAACUUGAAAGAGUACAAUUCUCUUGAUAUCCAAGCCGCAAAAAAUAAGGACGAAGUCAAGUAUGUGGUGUUUCCAAAAAAUAAUAAUGAACCGCUGACAAUGGUUACUCUUGGAAUUGGACGUGAUAUCCGAGCAGAGCUCAGACUGAAAGCGAUGUACCCUAACAUAGCUUUUUACGGAGCGGACCCGGGUGUUGCUGUGAACAAAGAUCUAUACGAAAGCACGUUGGGUGGGAAAUUCUACAAUUAUGCAGUUAGUGGACAAAACGGUAUACAUAUAUCCAAAAUCUUCCUUGAACGAAACUUUAAAGUAGAUGCAACUGAACACAUUCGAGCCGAUUAUUUCUUUAGAAAAAUACUUAAUAAAAACAGAAUUGACAUUCUUUGGAUAGACAUCGAACAAAAUGAAUACGGUAUUCUUGAGCAAAUCCAUCAGAAUGGAAAGUUGGAUCAGGUCGGCGUCAAGAUAUGUCAGAUGAACGUUGAAUUCCAUAAAGAUGUUUUUGGAAAUUCUGAUGCAGAAAUGCAAAAGUUCUAUGAUUUCGUGUUCAAGGUGUUGGAAGACAAGAAGUAUAUUCUUCUUAAACCAAAGCAUGCAACGUAUAUGGAUAUAAUAUAUAUAAGAGCUUUUAUUGUUAAUGUUGCUGAUAGCGAAUGUACUGAUUUGUAUAUAAAAUGA